ACACCCCGCGUGCACCAUUCCUCAACUUCUUCGGCAGGAGACAGGAUCGCCACGGCAGUGGAAGUUCUGCUACUUGCAUCACGUACAACGAAUCAUCCGGUUCGACUAGAGGACGACAACAUAACCCUCCAGGUGUUGUCAAUAUGCCACUGCUGUCUGUGGUAAGAAUAUUUCUGCUCACGAUGACCGUAUCAGCCUCGCCGCUAGGACGACUGCAGCUUUGCGGCAGCGAACUCGCGAAUAAACUGGCAGAAAUCUGCUCAAUUCAAGGUUACAACGACCCCUUCAGACACAGUAUGUACUAUGAAGUGUCGCCCUUCGAGGGCGGAGUCUCCUCGACGACACGGUCGAAGAGAGGAGUAGCUGACGAGUGCUGUAAGACUGGUUGUUCGUGGGACACCCUAGAACAGUACUGCAACCCGCCACUCUCAACUCCCGACAGACCUCAUAAUCUACAAGAAACUGAAGACCAUUCCAUAAAUCACAUCGCACAAGUUGAUUCUGAAGGAUCGGCGGGGCAACCAACCACAAUAACCAGAGAACAGAAGAACGACCUCGUCAGUAAGGUCAGAAGUCAUCACGAAAAAAAGGGUCGGCGGGGAAAUAACAGAUGUCGUUGUCGGCGGAGACGCCGGCGUGGAAAGGGGGACAUUGAAGACCCGGAGAUUCUAGAGAAUAAGAUUGCGCCAGUCAUAGGCACAAUCAAUCCAGCCUACUUUGCAAAUCCUGUUAUCCUUCCGCCAAGAAUAAGAAAAGAAGAGAUGGCAUUACAAGACACGAAGUAACGCGGAGCCAUACGAUAUUUAAUGGACUUGGCAUCCCGCUCACCUGUAAUUUAUCAUCAGCACUUUAAUGAUCUAGUCACUACUCACCGUAUGUCAGCCUAGUGUGUCGUGAUGUCCCGUAUUUAAAAUCUGUGUUACUGUGACGUUUAGAGACUACAAGCAAAGAAGUAGGACUGAGCAAAUACAGAGUAUUCCAAAGAGAUGUACACAAUCAUUAAUACGUCAUAUUUGUGUAUUUAUCUUUUUUGGAACACUUGUAGUGUUAAAUAUGAUAUUUAUUCCGACUUUAUAUUAAUUUACACUAAAACUUUUAGAAUUAUUAUUCCAUCUAGAUGUUAGCACAAGGAAAAUCCCAAUCUUAAUAUUUCGUACAUAUUGUAUUAGUGUGGUUUGAGGUUACACAAAGUUCUUUAUUAUUUGGACGUAAAUAAACUGUGAAUGAAAUUUAA